AAAGAAGUUCUGGUAUGACAGCCCUACCCUGGGAUCUAAAAUGAUGUAUAAACCAGCUGAGUUGGCCUCUGUAGUGAAAGACGACCAGACAAGAACUAGGAAAGGAGAUAACAUGCGCUGCAAAGUCUUGAAUGGUCUCCUUUGGAAAGCUGUGACAGAGAUGAUGUCUACCUGUGAAGUUAAUCAAGAAAUUUAUGAUCUCAAGCUGGAAAUCUGCAAGGUGUCCCUGGCAUCAAACUUUUCAGCGUGUCGUGUGUACUGGAAUCCUGCUGCUACUAUGGAGAAAGAAAGUUAUGUCGAAAGUGUCCUGCAGAAGAGUGCUCCACGUAUACGGUAUCUUCUGAUGAGUCAGCAGAUUCUAGCAAAUGUACCCCCGAUAGUGUUUGUGAAAGACAAAGAAGCUGCAGCUGUAAAAGAGGUUGAGGAAUUAUUGUCAAUUGCUGAUUUUGGACCUCCAGAAGAAGAAGGAACGUUAUCCGAAAAUGAUUCUAGUAAAGUGUUCCCUUCAGCAACUCAGUCUUCAGAUUCACCCAUGCGGUCUAAUCUUUUUGGUAUCGAUCAUGAACUGCUGAACAAGCAGAUAAUGGACUACAAAAGACUGAAAGUGUCAAGAGACAGAGAAAACGUUGCCUGGACAGAAGAGCAGGAGCAGCAGCUUUCAAAGAUUCAAAAGAAAAUGAAAAAGAAAAAACCAAGGAAUCCUCCCGAUGAUGACGUUACACCACAGAAAUACUUACUGGACAGAUAUGAAGCUGAUUACUGGGAUGGUGACACUGAAUCAGUCUCGGACUAUGAGCUGGAGGAUGAAUUACAGGAAGAGGUAAACGAAUCGGAGGCAGAUGAUGGCAAAACUCGAAGUCAGCCUACUGAUAAACUGAAAUGA